AUGACGGACACCGGCGAGAGCAGAACCACAGUCAUCGAGACCCUCCAAGAGCCCUACGUAUGCAAUUCAUGCAUCGAAAGCAUCCCCGCGCAUCGAGCCCGCGUGUCGUGCCACAGCUGCCCGGCCCACCAUCUCUGCGCCAACUGCCAUGUUAUCAAGAACUUCAUCCCACCGCACGCCGGGUCGCACUCUACUAUGGUGUUCCGGCAGUCUGGGCUCGUCGUCCCCCUCCCCCCCGGAUUCGCGCCGAGAUCCGCUCCCGCACUGCCGCCGCGCAACAGCAACCCACGUGAGAGCCCCCGGCCAGAAGCAAAAAUGACCGAGAUGCCAACAGCGAACUGGGGAGCGCUGUGGAGCGUGCUGAAGGCGCCGCUCGAGAAAAAGGAUAAGCGAGGCCAGAAAGCCAGCGCGAAUAAGCAGCAGGCCGAGAUGCUGCAAGAGACUGCGGAGGGUGGCGAGACGUCUCCGAUCACCCACGAGGACAUUGAAGACAUACCACCUUCGUCCCCGAAGAGUGUCGGCGCGGGCAUCGACAGCGAGGAUACCGACGCGGCGCCCUCGCAUCCCCGACCCGCGAGCUGGGAGCCGCUGUUUGAGGACGACGCUACUACGCCGACGCCCAUCUUCGUGGCCUUGAUGAGCACCAUCUUCAGCCAUCUGGACCCCAUGCAUACCGGCUUUUUGAAUCCCGAGGUCUACUCGGGCUUCCUGGACGCGCAGGGCACCGACCCAUCACUAAACACCUGGAGGACCGCGCUCGGCAAGUCCGGCGGCGAGCACGACAGCAAGGAGGUGGCGGAUCUCGAGCUGAGCCUGUACUUCACCGACUUGGCCGUCUCGCACCGGCUGCACGUGCGCACGCGCGACCCGAGCGAGCUCCCUGACGUCGACCUGGAUGCGCCCCCCCGGUCGGCAGCGAAGAUCCGGAGCUCGAUGCGCUUCAGCGCCAAUAUGCCGAUGCUCGACCGCCAGGGCUUCAUCGCCGUCUGCGCUAUCGAGUACCUGCGCGACCCGACGGGCGCGCAGGCGCGCCUGCAGGCUGCCGUGGAUGCGUACGGGAUUUGGCCCGAGCUGGGGCCGGUGCCGCGGGAGAUCUUGCCGGCGGAGGCGGCUCCGCCGCGGGAUGUGCGGGAGGGGGAGAAGGAGAAAGAUGGGGAGGGAGAGAGUGGUGAAAAGGAGGAGGUGGAGGAGGUGGUGGAAGAAGAAGAGAAGGAGGAGGAAGCCACCGGCUCUGAGAUGGGUGCGGGUCACUCACCAUUGCCACCCAUCACGAGUCUGAAUCUCAAAGGCGGCGAGAAGAAAAUCGAAGCCUUGUUGAAGGGAAAUGCGGAGUCCGAGGAGCAACACAAGCAGCAGGAAAAGGAGGAGGAGGAGGACAAGGGAAUCGUUUCCGUACCAGCACCAGCACCAGCAGCACGGGAGUCGUCUGUAGAGCAGCCAGAUGAGAAGAGCACGGCGGUGGUAUCUCUACCUCAGUCUCAGUCUCAGUCUCAGAUUAAGAAGGAGAAGAAGGAGAAGGAGGAGAAGAAGGCGUCUGAAGAUGAUAUCUACGAGGCGUAA